AUGGAUCUAAAUAUUUAGCACUAUUCUUUAGAGGAGCUAUUCUAAGUGUGCUAAAUUAAAUUAUAGGAAAAAGAUAAUGAAAGAGCUUUUGUCAAUUCGAAAAUAUUUAGCGACAUCUGGAGCUCAUUCACAUAGUGGACGAAAUCUUAGUUAGAUAUGGAGAGGACUGUAUCUCUAAACAAUUUUGGUACCAUAAUAUAUAAGAAAAUAGAUGAAAAGGAAAAGGCGAUGAUGUUAAUAUUGAAUGAAGCUUUCAUAUAUGGAAACAGAUUUAAGUACAGAGGUGAAGUAGACAACAGUUCUUAUCCGCCUGUAAAGAUAAAUUUUACUGCUAUAAAAAAGAGUCUACCUAACACAGACCAAAAUGCGAUUAAAACUGCUCUUACAACACUAUUUGAAACCGUUUAAGAAGUAAUGGUACAACACUCAAGUGUAGAAAUCGAUUUAGGAGUUUUUGGUAAAAUAAAUAGCUUUGAAAAAACAGUAAGUUUUGAGCCUUAUAGCAUGCAUAAAAAGAGAGAAGUCAAACAGCGCUCUACUGUUCGUGAAUUGCUAGACUAAAGGAAGGGUCUAUCAAGAUCUAUGGCUAACUUAAAUAAAUUAAAUUAUGCCAAUCUUCUCCAGUUUGGAGAUUAAUCAAAUAUAGAAUAAAGCCAAAUUAAGCCUCCAUCAAGGCAAUAAAAAGUUAUGGGCUCUCAUCACGAGCUUCCUUAAGUUUCCGAAAAUGAAAUUAAAACUGGUAACAUGUUUGGCAGUGCUACCAACCUUGGUCACCAAUAAUAUCUUUCCAACACUAAUUUAUAAUAAAUACCUUUGUUCAUUAAUAAAGGAGAAAUAAAAAGUCAUUAAAACUUAGGCUUGUCUACUGUUGCUUUAGACGAUAAUCUCAAGCCUAGCACAACUAACUUCCUUGGAACAAAAAGAAAAAUCAAAGUAAAUGUCUAAUCACAAAAUUUAUAAAAAUUUAAUUCAUCAAAUAAAUUCGAAUCAUCUCCCACAAGACGUUAUAAAUAAUAACAUAUAUAAAUAAAUGAUGAAUUGCUCUCUGCAGGCACAGAUCCUCUUGCAAAGGAACAGGAAUUUUCUAAAUUAGCUAAUGAAGCUUCUAAUUUGAUAUAUUCUACAUUUAUAAAACCUCCAAAUGCAUAGAUUAGAUACCCUCCAAUUUUAGAUAAAUUUUCAAGAACUCUAGCAGCUCCUUUGGCUUCAUAGAAGUUUAACUUAUCAAUCAGUGCCAGAAUUGGGUCAAAUUAUACUCCUUCAGCUAGAAGAUUAUACUUUGACAGCUAAACAAAAGGCAUUAAAGUUUUGUAUUUAAAAGAUAGCAGUGUCAAUUUUACUGCAAAUUAAGAGCUUUUAUAAGAAACUGCAGAUUUAGAAGAAGAACUUGAUUAUGUAUUAAGAAGGGUAGAAAUUAGUGAAGAGUUAGAAAGAAAAAUGAUUGCAAAGAGAAAUUGCUAUUAAAGAUACAACGAAUACAUUUAAGAGCAUAUUCCUUAGGAAUUUAUUGCAAACAUCAACAAUUACUGGUUGAAGGAUAUUCUAAAUUUAAUCCCUGCUUCUCUUAAUUAUGUCGAUAUUGACAAAGUAAAUUUCAUGAAAAAUGAAAUGCUUAAAGAAAUUGUUAUUUAUUACUUCGAAUCUGUCAAAAAAUCUAUCUUGGACUAUGUUCUUAAAGACGAAGACGAAAAAUUGAGAGUAGGUAUUAUGCAGAUUUUUGAUCCCGUGGUUGAGUAUGGUGAUAAUAUUUAUAGAGGAUUAGAGCCAGAUGAUGACUGGAGAUCAAGUAAAGCUCAUAGCACUGAGUUCAUUAAAUAAAAUUUAGUUAUCAACUCAAAGGCUACCUUAAAGCUUAUGGAGCUGUGGAGGAAAUAUGAAAGAAUGCACUUCUUUGUCCUUCCAAGCAAAAAAGACCAAACUAUGAAUAUUUAGAAUUUCAUUCAAAUUCAAACUAAGCACAUUACUGAUGUUAAGAACCACUUGGGAUCUGAAUGGCUUAAUGAUGUAAAAGAAAUUUAUGAAGAGGAGCUAAAUUAGAUGAAUAAAGAUAAAAGAUUGGCCUAAAUAUUCUUCGAUUCUUCUGCUACUUUGAUGUCAAAUCAAAUCAGAUAAUUAGUCACUGACUCAUUAAUUCUCUACAAAGAGUUCUUUGGAAGAUUCGAUAAGUAAGUUUUACCUACCCCCCAAGAGAUUAUUGAAAGAGACUAAGAUUGCAGAUUACCAAUUGAAGAUGUUUUCUUGCAUAUUAAACUUGCAGACGAAGAUAACCACAUUAUUUUCUAAGAUAAUCUUUACGAAACUAUUAAAAAGGAUUUAAUUAAGAUGAUUGAUGAUAUUGUUAAAACAACUCAAGGAUUCUCUCGUCCUGAAAAUGCUAUUACUAGAAAUGAAAGUGUUACCCUUUGUGAUAUCCCACUUUCAGAUGAAACCUAUGUGAAAGUUAAGCAAUAUGUCAAUGACGUUUUAGAUAGAAAUUUAGAAAAUAUAGAUUCAGUCCUCUUGAUUUAUGAGAAAUAUGCUUAUUUAUUAGAAGAAAAGAUUAAGGUAGAGAGAUAUUUAGGAACUGGAGUUAGAACUAGAGAAGAAAUUAAUUUAAAUGUAACAAAAUACAAAACAGUUAUUCAAGAUAUUAUGAAAUAAGUUCCUUCUUAUGUUAGAAUGAACAUGAUCUUAGUUGACGGAUGUGAAAUUAAAAAGUCAUUUUUAUACAUUUGUGAUGAAAUUCUUGUAGUCUUAUAGUCAUAUACAUAUACUUAUAUUAUGAACCGCAGUGAUGCUAUCUAAAAAGAUAUUUAAAGUAUGCAAGACUACAUUAAAGUUAAGGCAGACACUACUGAAAAGCUAGUAGAUUUAGAAAAAAUGAUUGAAAACAUUAAAAAAAUUGAUUCCAAGAGAGUCUAACAUGAAUUCACUGAUUUAAGAAAGUGGCUGCAACUUCUCAUUAAUAAUACUCAUUACAGACUUACUAUUGAUGAUCUCAAAGUCAUAGCAAGCACAGCUCAUUACGUUCACUAGUUUAUGGAUGUUGUCAACACAGAAGAAGAAAGAUUAUUCAAGGAAAGAGAUGAAAUCGAAGGAAAAAUAAGAAAGAGAAGAAAUGACCUUGAAACUGACACUAAGCAAUUAUGUAUUGGAAUAGAUUCUUUGGCUAAUUCAUACACCGUUGAUAUUCAAACUGAAGAUGCUCUUAAGGCAGUUGAGUAAUAUACUACUACUUUGAAUUAAUUACUUGAAGAAAUGACUGAUAUCAACCAAAAAGAAGAAUUGCUUGGAUACACUCAAACAGAAUUCCCUGAUUUAAUUGCUGCUAAAAAUAAUUUAACUCCCUUCCAAGAUCUCUGGUAUUUAAUUAGAGAUAGGGCAACAAAACUUAAAAACUGGCAAUAAAUACAAUCUUGUUUCACUCUUGAUCCUGAGUUGAUUGAAAAGGAAAUGAAAGGUAUGCAAAUGACUAGUUAAAAGCUGAAGAUCAUUUUUAAGCAAAGAAAACUUGAUAAGCCUCUUAAGUUAGCUGAAGAAUAAUAUUCUACCCUUCAAGAGUUCUAACAGCAUAUGCCUUUAGCAAGAGUCUUCUCUAACAAGGGUUUAAAAGAUAGACAUUGGAAAGAUAUUAGUGAAAUUGUUAAGUUCCCAAUCAACCCUGAAAAAUCUGAAACAUUAAAUCGUAUUAUUAAGAUGGAACUCAGCAAAGAAGAUUAUGAUAAAUUAGAAGAUAUCUCUGAUAAAGCUUCUAAAGAAUAUGGUAUUGAAAAGAUUCUUCAAAAGAUGAAAGAUGAUUGGAGUGAAAUUAAUGCAGAACUCAAGCCAUGGAAAGAAACUGGUACAUUUGUUAUAAGUGGUACUUGCGUUGAUGAAAUAGUCUAAAUUUUAGAUGAUCAAAUUGUAAAAACUCUAACCAUGAAGGGUUCUCCUUAUGCUAAGGAAUUUGAAGAGUAAAUUAUGGAAUGGGAAGACUGGUUAAAUUAUACUCAAUAAUUAUUUGAAUAUUGGGUUAAAGUUCAAAGUGUCUGGCUUUAUCUUGAACCCAUUUUUACUUCUCCUGAUAUUUCAAAAUCUCUCCCUCAAGAUGCAGUUUAAUUCUAAAAAGUUGAUUCUGAUUGGAAAAAUAGUAUCAUGGGUAAGGUAUCUAAAAAUUUAAAAGUAAUAGAGUUCACUAAGGAUAGAAGAAUGCUCGAAAUUAUGAAAGAAUCCCAUUUGAAGUUAGAAUUAGUUUCUAAGGGUCUUAAUGAGUACUUGGAUCAAAAGAGACAGAGCUUCCCAAGAUUUUAUUUCUUAUCAAAUGAUGAGUUGCUUGAAAUUCUUUCUGAAACUAAAGACCCAACUAGAGUUUAACCCCAUCUUAAGAAGUGCUUUGAAGGUAUUUAAAAGCUCAAAUUCGAUAACACUCAUAAGAUCUAUGGUAUGUUCUCAAGCGAAGGUGAAUAUGUUCCUUUCAUCACAGUCAUUGAUACUGAAAUAGCUAAUGGUAAUGUUGAUCAAUGGUUAGUCUGGGUAGAAGACUAGAUGGUUUAAGCUGUUCAUAAAGUCACUUAACAAUCUUUUGAUGAGUACUAAAAAAUUGCAAGAAAAGAUUGGGUUCUGUAGAGAUGCGGUAUGGCUGUCCUUUGCGUAAACAUGACCUAUUGGACUCACUUCACUGAAAAAGCUUUGCAAGAGGAGGGCACAAAAGGUGCUUAAAAGUAUUCCAACACUUGUAACGAAUAGCUUGAAUAAAUUGUAGAAUUAGUUCGUUCUAAUAUCAACAAGUUGGAUAGAUGCACUAUUGAAGCUUUAAUUGUGCUUGAUGUACAUAACAGAGAUAGUGUUGCAAAAUUAGUAGAAAAGAAUAUCUCUAAUGUUAACGAUUUUGAAUGGUAGAGUCAACUUCGUUAUUAUUGGAUUAACAACAACACAACUGUUAAAAUUAUUAAUGCAGUUUGUGAAUAUAACUAUGAAUAUCUUGGUAACUCAACCAGAUUGGUCAUAACUCCUCUUACUGAUAGAUGUUACAGAACACUUUGUGGUGCUGUUCAUCUUAAUUAUGGUGGUGCUCCAGAAGGACCUGCAGGAACUGGUAAAACUGAAACUGUUAAGGAUUUAGCCAAGGCUCUUGCUCGUUAAUGUGUCGUCUUUAACUGUUCUGAUGGUUUAGAUUACAAGGCUAUGGAAAAAUUCUUCAAAGGUUUGGCUUCAAGUGGUGCUUGGAGUUGUUUUGAUGAGUUCAAUCGUAUUGAUUUGGAAGUGCUUUCUGUCGUUGCUUAAUAAAUUUUAUCAAUUCAAAUUGCCCGUACUGAAGGAAAGAAAGAAUUUGAAUUCUAUGGCUCUGUUAUUCCUCUUAAGCCUACUUGCAACUGUUUUAUUACAAUGAAUCCUGGUUACGCAGGUCGUUCAGAAUUGCCUGAUAACCUCAAGGCUCUUUUUAGAUCAGUAGCGAUGAUGGUUCCAGAUUAUGCAAUGAUUGCUGAAAUUUGUUUAUAUUCGUAUGGUUUUUCUGACGCUAGAAAUCUUGCAAGAAAAAUUGUAACCACUUACAAGCUCUGUUCCGAGUAACUUUCUUCAUAAGAUCACUACGAUUAUGGUAAUUUUUUAUUAUUUUUCACUAGAUAAUUCAAUUAUUUAAAUUUUUUUUUUUUCAGGUAUGAGAGCAGUAAAGUCAGUACUUACAGCAGCUGGUAACUUGAAAAGAAAGUAUAUUAGAGAAGACGAAAGUAUUCUUAUGUUAAGAGCUAUCAAAGAUGUUAACGUAGCUAAAUUCUUAAAGUAUGA